GAGAAAUGGAUUUCAUUUCUUUGGCACUAUACACUCUUUGCAUUAUUGUGAUUUCUCGAGUUCUGUCGAUAGUGUAUUACCAAUAUGAUAUACGAAAAAAACUUAAAAACAUUCCCCAAGUCGAUAGAUUUCCUUUUGGUUCAAUAUUUGAGCAAAUAAAUUGCUCGGACAAUGAACGCACGCAAAUAAUGUUAAAGUAUGUAGAAAAGACGUGUAAGCAAGGAAUAUUCAUACAAUGGAUUGCGGGCAAAGCUUUUAUAAACGUGUAUAAACCAGAAUAUUUAGAGCUUAUUUUAUCCAGCACCAUAAAUAUCACAAAAGGGUUUCAUUAUUAUCUUCUGAAACCCUGGUUGGGCAACGGACUUUUAUUAUCUACAGGUAAACAAUGGUUCCACGAUAGAAAACUGAUCGGACCAACAUUCCAUUUUAGUAUAUUAAAUCAAUUUGCUGUGAUCGUGUCUGAGAAAGCAGAAAUCUUGAACAAGUGUCUCGAAAGAAAAAUAGAGAAAGAUCCAGGGAAGGCUAUUGAUAUUUUUCCUUUUAUCCUUAAUGCUGUGCUCGAUAUUAUCUGCGAAACGGCAAUGGGUGUGGAUAUACGUGCUCAAGAAGUCGAAACCAAGUAUUCAUUAACAAUACAUAAAGUAUCCGAGUUAAUAAUGAAACGUGUAUUUCAACCGUGGUUUUGGGUUGACUGGUUAUACUAUUUAACGCCUGCAGGAAAGCAAUAUAAAUUAGCUCUUGAUACAAUGCACAGAUUUACGCAAGAGGUGAUAAGAAAGAGAAUGGUUGAACGGCAAUUACAAAACGGCAAUAAAACGGAACUUGAAAAUGAGGACAAUGAAUCUGAUAUAGGUGAACGGAGGAGAAAAGCGUUUCUAGAUUUAUUAUUAGAUCAGAAUGCGAAAGACGACUCCCCUCUAACCGAUGAGGAGUUGAGGGCGCAAGUUGACACGUUUAUGUUUGAGGGACACGACACAACUGCGGUUGCAAUAAAUUGGGCACUCUUUCUUUUGGGCAAUAAUCUCGAGCAUCAAGAAAAAGUUCACGACGAACUCGAAGAGGUUUUCGGAGAUUCAGAGACACCAGCCAGUGUAAAGGAACUAUCGCAAUUAAAGUAUCUCGACAGAGUAAUAAAGGAGACGCUCCGAAUAUUUCCUAGUGUACCUGUCAUCUCGAGGGAACUAGUAGAAGACGUAAAAUUGGAUAAAAAUAUUCUUCCGAAAAAUCACACGGUUGUACUUCCAACGUUACUUAUACAUCGAAAUCCGGAGGUUUGGCCAGAUCCAUUAAAAUUCGAUCCGGAUCGCUUUCUUCCGGAAAACUCAAAGCAUAGAAAUCCAUAUGCCUACGUUCCGUUCAGCGCUGGACCGAGAAACUGUGUGGGGCAGAAAUUCGCUCUACUCGAAGAGAAAACUGUAUUGACUGCUAUUCUCAGAAAGUGGAGGGUGAAAAGUGUGAAAACGCUCGACACAAUCCAGUUCGGUAACGCUCUGAUUUUGCGACCUAGCGAGGAAGUGCUCAUACACUUCACACCCAAGAAAUGAAAGCUCAUAGGCAACGACGCGCGACGCGAAAGGUGACGCGCCGUUGUCUAAAUUGGUACGGCGCGACGGUCUGAAUGAUUUAAAUCUGCCGCACCGCGUGUACAUACACUACAAAAAUCAAAUGGGUUAUUUACAUAGACAUAGGAUCUAUGUAAAUAUAGAUCCUAUGUCUAUGGUUAUUUAUCAAACGUAUAAGGAGAAGUUUUAGCUAAAAUAACACAUUUGAUUUGUGCAGUGUAUGUAUGGAUACGCGUACGUGCGGCGAUUCAGACCGUCGCGCCUGGUCGCGCCGUGCCAAUUCAGACAACGACGACGCGUCACCUUUCCCGCCGCGCGCCGUUGCCGACGAGUUAGGCUGCGUUCAGAUGGACUGAUAUUUUCGCAUAUAAACGCGUAUCGCGUAACCAAUAAAUUUGUUUAAAAGACUCAAUAGAAAACGUAGAACACCUCUGUUUGGUUACGCGGUACGCGUUUAUACGCGAAAAUAUCAGUCCAUCUGAACGCAGCCUUAGACGCGCUGGCGCGGCGUCACCGUAUAUACAUUGGCUCGCAAUCAGACGUUUUAUUUUAUAAUUCGAUAAUUAUAGCAAAUAUCGCAAAAUGGUAUAAGACUUGUUUGUCCCUUUUCAUCUCCUCUAUAUUCUCAAAGCAGUAAAUUCCCUAGUUUGCGAACACCCUGUAUAUGUGUACACAAAUAUAUUAUAUAACGAAGCGGAAUACAUAAAUUAAUAUUAUCCUUAUCAGUAGUUAUCCGUACGUAUUAUCUGUGACGUAACGUAUUUAUAAAUUAAGUAUACUUAAGACGCGGAAGUGAAUAAAAUUAUGAAUAGUAUCUUAUAAAUAGUAUGAGAAACCUUGAGAAACAAGGAUUCUCAUUAUUAUUUUUUGUCUUUGUUUCACGUACGACGUUUUACCCUAUGCAAAACAAAGACAAAUAGAAACAAGAAAUUUUCGUUUCUUAAGAAGGGACUAUUAAUAACUUAGAUCAAAUACUACUGGAAAGAGUAUAGGAUAGAUCUAUAAUCCCUGUACAUUCGAGUUGACGCAGGAAGAUUGAUGGAGAAGGAUGGAGAUACAAUGCGCAGAAGGUUGACAAGGAUGUAGAAUGCGCCUAGUCAACAAUGUAUGUACAUUCUCCGACAAAUGAAAGCGUAGAUACGCGCGAGGACUGCGGGGUGAUAAACAGGAGCAGUCGGUUUGAUUUGAAUAAGAUGAAUACUGGUAUUAUAGCUGCGCGCUACUACAAAACAACAGUGAAGUGAGGAAUAGGAACGGCAAAAUAGGGAUUAUAAACUAUUACCUAUUAAACAGCAUUUAAUAUUAUAAAACAAAGUAAAAUUUAAAUUUAUGUAAGUUAUAAAACGUAAAUAU